AUGUCAGAUAGAUUGCCUCAAGUCAAAAUUAGAGAAGUCACCAGAGAAAAUGUCGAUUUCAUCUUAUCCAAUGUAGACUUAGCAAUGGCGAACAGUCUCCGUCGUGUGAUGAUCGCCGAGAUUCCAACAUUAUCGAUAGAUAGUGUCGAAAUUGAAGUCAACACCAGUGUGUUGGCUGACGAGUUUUUAUCUCAUAGAUUAGGUUUAAUUCCAUUACAAAGUGCCGACGUGGACGAUUUGGUUUACAAUCGAGACUGCUAUUGUGAAGACUAUUGUGACAGAUGUAGCGUUGUAUUGACACUGCAUGCUAUUGGAGAAAGCGAAAGCACCACUAACGUGUAUGCAAGAGAUUUAGUGAUUACGAGCAAUUUAAUGGGUAGAAACAUUGGGGCUCCGAUAAUUGUUGAUAAAGAUGGCAACGGUUCAUUGCUUUGUAAAUUAAGGAAAGGCCAAGAGUUGAAAGUGAAAUGUGUAGCCAAAAAGGGUAUAGCCAAAGAGCAUGCCAAAUGGGGUGCUACUUCGGCUAUUGAGUUUGAAUAUGAUCCUUGGAAUAAGUUAAAGCAUACGGAUUAUUGGUACGAACAGGAUGCUAGACAAGAAUGGCCCUUGAGUAAAAAUUGCGAGUACGAAGAUGCACCAAAUGAUGAUGAAUUGUUUGACUAUAAGGCUAAGCCUAAUAAUUUUUAUAUGAACGUAGAAACCGUCGGAUCCUUAACCCCGGAUCAAGUGGUGCUUAGAGGUAUUAAGACAUUACAAGAUAAAGUGGCUGAUAUAUUAUUUUCAUUGAAAAAAAUGGAACAAGACAAAGUGGCAAGUUCUAAUAAUGCAUUAAAUCAACAGCACGCCAAUAGUGGCGCCAACCAAUUAAAUGACACAGACAAUGGGUAUGCUGAUAAUGUUGAUACUAAUAUGGAUGAUGAUGCGUGGUAG